AGCCGCCGCCCAGAAACGCCAUUAGCCACCCAGUUACCUGCUCCAUUUACCAUUCACCUGAUCCACUACCAAUCUCCCUGCUCCACCGUCGACACACACAGAGCGAGCUCGUCUCUCGGGAGAUCAAGAUGAGCGAUCCCAAGUACGCCUACCCCUACCCGGCGCAAGGUUACUACCAGGGAGGGCCGUACCAGGGUGGCCCGUACCAGGGGCCUCCGGUGAUGGCGCCGCCGCAGUACGCCCCGCCGCCACCGAGGGCGCAGCCCAGCUUCCUCGAAGGAUGCUUGGCUGCGCUUUGCUGCUGCUGCUUGAUCGACGAGUGCUGCUGCGACCCCUCCAUCAUCUUCGUCGGGUAAAUCGACCAAGGAGCCGGCCUUCUUGGCCCGCGGAUCGGAUCGGAUUCAGUGCGUGAACUGUACAGAAGAAAUGGCGCGAAGAGUACCAUCUUAAUUAGUUACUAAGUUGUUGCUACGCCGUGAUCUACAUAUAUCAGCUCAUAUAUAUGGUUAAUUUGUUAUCUCACGGCGGUGUCUAUGUAUCUCGUCUCUAAUUAGUAUCACGAGUGCUUGAUGAUCUUAUCUGAUCUUUACCCGUGCGUCUCCCUUCUCCCCUAUAUGUGUGUACCUUGUCAGUGUUGCAAAUGUGUGUUCCUCGAUGGACAAUUUCACCGGUGCAUUUUUUGA